AUGGCGGAUAAAUCAUCCAAACACCGCAGAUUGGGUUCCAUGCCUACUAUCUCUUUUGGAGAAAAGACUGUCAAAGGGGUCCUAAACCCCCAUGAUGACGUCUUGGUAGUCACCUUGUUAAUUGCAAACUACACGACCAAGCGGAUCCUAAUCGACAAUGGGAGCUCAAUUGACAUCUUAUUCUGGCAUGCCUUCGCCAAAAUGGGCAUUAGCCCCAAUAGGCUAUCCCCGUCAUCCUACAAUGACAUAUUAGGACACCCAACUUUGAAUAAUUUGAAGGUUGUCACUUAUACCUACCACUUAAAAAUGAAGUUUCCAACGGAGACUGGCAUCGGCAAGAGCCAGGGAGAGCAAAUCCUAGCACGAAAAUGCUAUGUGCAGGAACUCAGAGCAGGAGCGCCAAACGUAUGUGUCGCGGAAAAUUUGGAAAGGAAGCCGCCACCCCCACCAUUAAUCAUAGCUAGCCAAGACAUGGAAGCAAGGGAUGAGAACAAUCUGAUGCAGGCAGAGGCAAACGAGCCUCUAAAGAUGAGAUAG